AUGGCAUUGCAACUGUGGCUCCUCGUGGGCCUGCCAGUGGUGGCUUUGGCCGCUUUGCGACCGAUGGAACAGCACAAGAUGACGACACCAUUGACGGCUGCUGUCAUGGAGCUACUGGAGAGGGAAGUGAGUCCCACGCAAAGCACCUUGGGAGUGAUCGAGCUGAUUCCGGAGAGCCAUGGCCGCCGAGAUCACCAGCAGCAGGAGCUGCUCACCUCGAUGCUGCUGCGGACUGGCAGCUCGAUGGCGCUGCGGGUGUACCAGGUGGCGCCCCUCAAGCUGCCAGCGUCCCAUUGCCUCAUACUGGUCAACUCGGCGGAGGCCUUUCGAUCGCUCAAAAUUCAGUUCAGCAAAGCGCCACAGACGCAGGAGUUCAACUUUUUAAUUGUGCUGACACGGCGCCUGGCCACGAGGGCGGAGAGACUGGAGGCGAUGCGGGACAUAUUUGUGACUUGCGUGAGGCUGCACACGAUGAACGCCAUCAUGCUGACCCAGCGGAACGACGGAGUGGUGCUCACCUAUGGCUAUCGACUGUACAACCAGGACUGCAAGCUAACCCUGAACCUGGAUCUGCUCAACCAGUACGAAAAUGGCUCCUUUCGGCACGAGACGAGCCGCAUCUUUGACCGUGUGCUGGGCAGCCUCGGCGGAUGUCCCAUCCGAGUCAGCUGGUAUCCUGUGCCGCCUUUUGUGCACUUUCAGGGCAACAUGGAUAGCGCCGAGGAGCGCGAACAGGUGUGGCGUCUCAGCGGGAUCGAUGGUGAGCUCAUCAAAGUGCUGGCGGAGAUCUUCAAUUUCCGCAUUAAGCUCUUGCCGCCGUGCAAAAAGCAGCCGAUGUGCAAUGGGAGCUACAGCUCCGAAUGCAGCAGCUGCUUCCAUCAGCUGAACAACGGCAGCUCCUCGGUGCUGAUCGGGGCGAUGAGUGGGUCGCACGUGAACAGAUAUCACUUCACCACGACCGUCUCCUACCACCAGAGCUCCCUCGUGUUUGUGGUGAACAUGAACUCCAAGAUUGGGGCUGUGCGGCAGCUGCUGGUGCCCUACUGCUCGGAUGUCUGGCUGGCUCUGAUCGUAAGCUGCAGCCUCGUCGUGUUCGUGUUUUGGCUGAGGCGCAGGCGCAUAGGGCAAUCGGAUAUUGCUGUCCAGUCCCUGACAGUGUUGACCACAUUGCUGGGGAAUCCACUGGUGGCACGCCAGCUGCCCACGGACUGCAGGCAUCGAUACUUCUACUCCGUCUGGCUAUUGCUGGUGCUGGUGCUGAGGGUGGUCUAUCAGGGCAAGUUGUAUGACUCGUUCCGCGAGCCCUACAACCCACCGCUGCCCUGUCAAAUAUCCGAGCUGAUUGCCAAGAACUACACACUGCUCAGCCAGGAGUACUACGACUACUAUCCCCGCAACCAGACCGUUCUGUAUGCGGGAAACAUUCAGGAGCGCUUCGCUCGCAUUCAGCGGGAAGGCGACGACAAGCAACUGACCACCACCGCCCUGCUCGCGAACGUUGGCUACAACAACAGGAUCAACUGGCGGACCACACACCUCACCCAUGUGCAGGAGCACAUCUUUCUCUACCAGCUGGUCAUCUAUCUGCACGUCCACUCGCUCCUGAAGUUCGGCUUUGACCGCAAGCUCAAGCAGCUGCAGUCCUCCGGCAUCAUUGGCUACUUCGUCCACGAGUUUGAUCGACCCCAGUACCGCGUGCCACUAACGGAAGCCCACGAGGUCACUCCCCUGCCGCUGGAGGUCUUCUGCGGCCUCUACUACAUCGGCUCCAUACUCCUGGGCGCCGCUGUCCUGGCCUUUCUUUUGGAGCUCCUCAGUGUGCGAGUCGCCUGGCUGCGGCGGUUCUUGGGUUAG